GGGAGAGAGGCAGACAGACGGCCGAUUCUCACCAUUUCUCCGCUGAGAAUAAUUUCUGGAGCUCAGAAGCACCCCAAGUCUCUGAAGAGUUUGUACAGCAGCCUGGACCGGAUCCCGUUCCGUAACAAGAUGAAUGGUGUGAGGCUCCAGUGGGGCUGCAUUGUGCCCUCAGGAGGCCCCACCCACCCCUGCACCACAUUGCUGCUUGGAGCGUGGCAGUAUGUGUGAGGGGGGUAGCACUCUGUGGUUCCCCAAGAUGGAGCUUGGGAACUUCAGCGGCGCCAGCCAGCUCGGCUCCUGCUUCCGCAGAAACAACAUCAGCAAUGAGAUCCGGGGUCACAUCACCUCGCCGUGGUUCUCCACCAUCUUCGGCCUCAUCGGCCUCUGCUCCAACCUCUUUGCCUUCUGCGUGCUGGUCAACUCCUCGCGGAAGAUGCACAGCCGUUCUCGGUCCUCCUUCCUGGUCUUCCUCUGCGGCCUGGUGGUGACGGACUUCAUGGGCCUGCUAGUGACCGUCUGCAUCGUGGUCCCGUACCACUUCAUCCAGUUUGACUGGAGGGUUGUGGACCCCGGGUGCCACCUCUGCAAUUUCAUGGGCCUCGCCAUGGUCUUCUUUGGGCAAUGCCCGCUGCUGCUGGGCGCCACCAUGGCCGGGGAACGCUUUCUUGGGAUCUACCGGCCCUUCUCCCGCUCCAUCAAUAUGUCGAAACGCCGGGCCUGGAUCUUGGUAAGCUUAGUCUGGGCCUUGGGGUUUUUCCUAGGCCUGCUGCCCAUCUUGGGCCUGGGGGACUACAGUCUACAAUACCCCAACUCCUGGUGCUUCCUCACUUUGCUCCACGAUGCCAAGAACGUGGCCUUCAGCCUCAUCUUCGCCCUGCUGGGCAUCUUCUGUGUGGGUCUCUCUUUCUUCCUCAACACGUUCAGCGUGGUGACCCUUUGCCGAGUCUACCAUGACUCCGAGUCGGUGCAGCGUCGGAGGGACAGUGAGGUGGAAAUGAUGAUCCAGUUGCUGGGCAUCAUGGUCAUCGCCAGUGCCUGCUGGCUCCCCCUGCUGAUCUUCAUUGUACAGACAGCCCUUCAGGACUUCUCAUCGGCCAAUCAGAUCCCCGAAGCGACGGAAAAGCUGCUGCUCAUCUACUUGCGGGUGGCCACCUGGAACCAGAUCCUUGAUCCCUGGGUCUACAUCCUCUUCCGCCGGGCAGUGCUGCAGCGCAUCUACCCCAGCAUCAAGACCCGCCCCUCCAUCGUGUCUCUGUACCCCGUCAUCAGCUCCUCCUUGCGGCGGAAAUUUACCCAGGAAUCUGUACUCCAGUAAGAAGGGAGGGCGUCCAAAUUCUUCAGUUCCCUCCAAAAUGAAGGCAAGAUCCACUGGCUAUAGGAACUCCCUUCCUCCAGUCCUCGUCCUAUUGCUUUAAUUGGGCCAUUGCUACAGGGUGAAUGUUCUUGAAUUACGCUGGGAGCAUGUCCCCAGCCCUCCUCCCCCGCCAUGCCAACCCCCAGUCUUGUCUCCCCUAGGCCUGAAAUUAAGCCUCGUU